AUAUGUCUGUGCUCACUGCUCAUAUUAUCUCAAUUCUCAUUACUCGUUAUAUUGUGCAUUAUUUUGAUUUUGCAAUUUGUAAACCUGUGUCUUAGUCUAUUUGCUUUAAAGAGUUUAAACCAUAGAUGCUUUAAGCUGUGAAGACAUCAAGUUAUUGCUCACAAGUUGUGUGAUUUAAAGGAAAAAGAGGGCCGUUAUGAAUCGGCGUAGACCACACGAAGAAGAAGAUGGAUAUGAACGUCUUCAUAGAAAACGCCGUCGAGUUUCAGAAAAUCAAGAGAUUGAAGAUCGACUUGAGUCGCUGAUUCUUCGAGUUGGGGAAAAGAGUAGUUCAAGUUUGGAAAGUAAUCUCGAAGGUUUAGCUAGUGUGUUGGAAGCUGACCUAAGCACCUUUAGGGUUAAGAUAUUGCGCAUUCUCACAGAAUGUGCAAUCCGAAUGCCCGAAAAAUGUACUAUUUAUGCUACACUUGUUGGUCUGCUUAAUGCUAAAAAUUAUAAUUUCGGUGGUGAAUUUGUUGAUUAUAUUGUGAAAACUUUUAAAGAAAAUUUAAAGUGUGGAAAAUGGAAUGCAGCCAGAUAUUGUUUGAGAUUUAUAUCAGAUUUAGUAAACUGUCAUGUGUUGGCUGCUUCAUCCUUACUUACCUUGUUGGAGACAUUAGUUGAUUGUGCAAAUGAUGAUUCAGUGCCACAAGUCAGAAGAGAUUGGUUUGUGUUUGCAGUCCUAGCUACAUUGCCAUGGGUAGGAAGGGAGUUAUAUGAAAAAAAAGAGUCGCAGCUUGACCAUCUGCUUGUUACAAUAGAAGUAUUUUUAAACAAGCGUAGUAAGAAACACUGGCCAGCUCUUAAAGUAUGGUCAGUAGACACACCACACUUACAAGAAGAGUAUUUAGAUUGUUUAUGGGCUCAAAUUAAAAAGUUGAGGCAAGAUAAUUGGUCAGAGAAACAUAUUCCAAGACCAUACCUUGCGUUUGACUCCAUCCUGUGUGAGGCAUUACAGCAUACUCUUCCUGCUAUUCAGCCUCCUCUGCACAAUGAUGGAGACACAUAUCCCAUGCCCCGUGUGAUAUUUCGCAUGUUUGAUUAUACUGACUGUCCAGAUGGACCAGUAUUGCCAGGAGUGCAUUCCAUUGAACGUUUUCUAAUUGAGGAACACUUGCACAAUAUUAUUGAAGCCUACCACCUGGAAAGGAAAGAAUGUGCUGCUCAGUUACUUUGCUUUCCAUACAAAGCCAAGAUACCGUUGGAGUACUGCAUAGUUGAAAUAAUAUUUGCAGAGUUAUUUAAUUUACCAAGGCCAAGAUAUUUAGAGAUUUGUUAUGGGUCAAUUUUAAUUGAACUGUGUAAACUUCAGCCAGCAACAAUGCCACAGGUACUCGCUCAAGCUACAGAGAUACUCUUCAUGAGGAUUGAUAGCAUGAAUGUUGCCUGUUUUGAUAGGUUGGUCAAUUGGUUCUCAUAUCACUUGAGUAACUUCCAGUACAGAUGGUCCUGGGAAGAUUGGGAGGGGUGUGCACAGCUUGAUCCUGAACAUCCUAAACCACGCUUUAUCAAAGAGGUGCUUAGCAAAUGCCAAAGAUUGUCAUACCAUCAAAGAAUAAAAGACAUGGUACCAGAAACAUUGGCUGCAUUUGUACCUUUAAAAGCAGAACCUAUAUAUAAAUACUCUAUGGAAGGAGCAGCCUCUCUACCCGGGACUGAAGCAGCUCACCAGCUAGUUGUAUGUGUUCGAAACAAGUGUACCCCUGAGGAAGCCCUGAACGUCCUCCGUGAACUCCCAAAUCCCUUACGGGAAGGGGAUGCGGCGUCAACACACGCGUCGCAGUACAACCCUUUGAAGAUAGAUGUGUUUGUGCAGACCCUACUCAACCUCGGUAGCAAAAGUAUUUCGCAUAGUUUUGCUGCGAUAUCCAAAUUUCAUUAUGUUUUUAAGAUCCUUGCCGAAUCCGAGGAAGCCCAGAUUUGUGUACUCCGGAAUGUUUGGGAGCUAUGGCAGAAGCACCCGCAGAUGGUCUGCGUGCUCGUUGACAAAAUGCUGAAAACUCAAAUUGUGGAGUGCAGUGCGGUGGCCACUUGGCUCUUCUCAAAGGAAAUGGGGCCGCACUUCAUACACUCCUGUCUUUGGGAGAUAUUGCAUUUGACGAUUGAUAAGAUGAACAAACAUGUGUCUAAACUGAGUAAAGAACUGCAAGAGGCAAGGGAAGCAUUAGCAAGGGCUGAUUCAAGCAGUUCGGACUCUGAAGACGAAAGUGGAAGCAAGAAGAAAAAGGAUCAAGAUAAACCCACUGAAGAGGCGGUGGAACGUAUGGAAGAAAGACUAGAGAUGGGUCACACAGAUCAAAAGAGGUUAUUCCUGAUCGUGUUCCAGCGAUUUAUAAUGAUCCUCUCAGAGCAUCUCGUGAGAGCGGACACGGAUGCAAGAGAUCCACUCACCCAUUGGUAUACAAGUACUGUUGGACGACUUACGCAAGUGUUUUUGUUGCAUCACGAGCAAGUUCAAAAGUACAGUAGUACAUUAGAGACGUUGCUCUUCACUCAAGACUUGGAUCCGCAUAUACUUGAUGUGUUUCACCAGUUCCUCGCGCUCACUGCGUAAGCCUUAUGGUUGUGGCUUAUUUAUUAAAAUUAUUAUUCAUAAUAUACACAUCUCGGUUUGACCAUAGAUACCUUAGAUA